ACCACCAGAAUGCUUCUGCCACUGGCUGUGCUCUUUGCCUUCGGUCUUACCAACUUGCUUCACGCACAGGCGUCCGCUGUAAACACAACACUUCUCACGAGUCCAGUGGAGGUCGGCCUUUACUAUGAAACGCUUUGCCCGCACUGCCGGAGGUUCGUCAUCGAGCACUUGCUUCCGGCGUAUCUAAAAGCUCCAGAACGGAUCAAGCUUAAACUGGUCCCGUAUGGAAAUGCUGAGACGUUUGAAACGCCAGAAGGAUACAAUUUCUCUUGAGAGCACGGUCCACGGGAGUGCGAGGGAAACAAAAUCCACUCGUGUGCCAUAGACAUCGUCGAGGACCAGACCUUUUUGGUAAAGCUGGUGCAGUGCACGAUCCGCAACGAGACAUUUCCUGAAGCCAUUGGC